CACAUUAGUUCGGUUUUUGGUCUUGACUUGGACAGUUUACUUUUGCAUUCCGGUCAUGACGCGUGCAUUCGUUUUGUUAUUGUUUGCCAUCGGUUGCUUCGAGUUUUUAGUGGAUGCAAAGAAAGAUGAGUCCCAUAAUGGACCAUUGCUCGAUACUUUGCUGCGCUACCGACGGCAGACAGCGGGAGUAAACUACGGCUUUCCCACGUUUCCCGAUUUCCCGAAACAAGCCCAAUUUCCUACCUUUGGACAACAGAAUCUUGGAGGAGGAGAAUCCGGAGCCACAGGGGGACUAUUUUCACGUAGUGACUUUUCGGAUUUUAUGCCAGAUCCCUCGCAGCUCAAGGGCAAUCAAGCAUGGACUACGAAGAGUUGCGUCUAUGAUGCGAAGGGAAAGGAAAAGUGCGUAGAACAACGUGGUGAUAAGCCGAAACACUAGACGUGAAUACAACUUGAUAAUGACAAUAAAUUUCCCUAUGGUGAUAGUCUUGAUAUUUGUUUUCUCGGCUAAUAUACAUAACUUUGGUUUAUCAAUGUUACUUCCAAAGCAUUUUCAUGAAAAUGGCCGUUCUUCUCGAAUAAAAAAAUACUUACAAUUCAUCAAGUCAAAUUUUAGAGUCAAGUUUAAAUGUCACGUUUUGAACCAAAGUUAUUUUAUCUGAUAAAGAGAUGUUCAGUAACGGGUAAUUUAUGCAACGCUGAUGUGAUAUUCUAGAUAGUUUGUGCUUAAUAAACAAACACUAUUAGAAGCAUAAUUUUGUUAGCA